GCCGGUCACAAUCCUGCCGUGCCAGCGCUCGAGCCUCGCCGACACAGCGCGCGCUCGGGAUAGGUCUCUUUUUUUUUUCUCUCUUCUUUCUUUUCAGGGAUCUAAACGUGAUUCUCUCGCUUUAAUUUUCUCAGAUCAUUUUUUAAGUGAAGACGGGCAGAGGUUUGUUUCUGCCGGCGGGACAGGCUCGGCGACACCGGGGGCUUAGAGUGCAGCCUCUGCUUAUUAUAAACCCGGACACUGGACAUUAUUCCUGCACGAGAGGACGCUACUUUUGGAUUACUUUGACACACAGUUUUGGACUGGACCACAAAUAUAACUAAAAUAAAUAUCUCUUGGUUCUCAGCAUGUCGCUUUUCUACAGUGGAUAAUACAACCCUCACUUGCGCAGAGCGGAUGCAUGCACUUCUGAGCGCUUUGUGCACAGUGUAGCUACGGGAAAACAGUAACCUGUAACUGCAUAAUAGUGUUAUUCAGUGUUAAUAUUUAAGAAGCAUUUACUGCGUUUAGAAACAGUCAUUCCAACUUAUCUAUCAUUGUCUUGGAACGAGCCCUGCGCGCUUUUCAACUCAGAGAAACCAGUGAAGCCAAGAUAAGGAUCAGGAUGCAUUGCAGCUGAAACCCGCUAGUCCGGGACUUUGGUGUUGUAAUCAGAUCGCACGGACCCCCACACCCCUCCUGGACCUGGACGGGAGCCGAAUCAGGAUGACUCCCGGCGAUGCGAUGUCGAUCCUGCUCCCGGCGCUGUGCCUGCUCUCCGGAGCCUCCCGGGCAGCGACCCUAGGCGGACUGGAAGGCGAGUACAACCGACAAGACACCAUUCUGGAUCCAAAGAAGUUUGGGGGUUUGACCAACUUCAGCACCUUCCUACUGGACCGUUCAUCAGGCAUGCUGUUCCUGGGUGCCAGGGACGCCAUAUUGUCUGUGGACACCAAUAAACUGGACAAACCACCACGCAAUAUUAAUUGGGAUGUGCCGGAGGAGAAAAGAAGGUCUUGUGUGGCCAAGGGAAAGACAGAGUUGGACUGCCACAACUACAUACGGCUGUUGGAGUUUCUGGAAGAGGGACGCAUCUACGUGUGUGGCACCUAUGCCUUCGACCCCCAGUGUGCCUUCUUGGAUAUCUCCUCCUUCACCCUGGAGACAGCCAAGGAUGGGGGAGUGAAGAUGGAGACAGGGAAGGGCAAGUGUCCCUUUGAGCCCAGUCAGCACUACACAGCUGUUAUGGCAGGUGGUACCCUAUACACAGCAGCCACCAGUAACUUCCUGGGAACGCUGUUCGACAUCUCCCGGGCCACAGGCCCUGAGCAGGAGCGAAUCCGAACUGAACGAUCCAUCAACUGGCUCAGUGACCCAGAGUUUGUGAGUUCAGCCUUCAUAGAGCAGUCCGCAGGCAGCAACCCGACAGGAGAUGAUGACAAAAUCUACUUUUUCUUCACUGAGGUGGCCAAAGAGUACGACCUCUACACCAAAGUCAAGGUCCCCAGGGUGGCACGAGUCUGCAAGUCCGAUGUGGGAGGGAUGAAGACUCUGCAGCGACGUUGGACCACCUUCCUCAAGGCCCAGCUGGUGUGCGAGGACAAACCCAGUGGCCAGCGCUACAACAUCCUGACUGAUGUUUUCACCAUGCAACACACACAAGGCGACCCCACAAGUACACACUUCUAUGGACUCUUUACCUCCCAGUGGGAACGUGACGAGUUGUCAGCAGUGUGUGUUUUCAGUUUGUCUGACAUCAGCAAAGUGUUGGACGGUCCCUUUAAAGAGCUGAAGAAGACCUGCGAGAACUGGAUCAACCCUGAGCCUGUCCCCACACCAAGGCCUGGCCAGUGUUUGAACAAUGCAUUAAAGGCUGAAGGUUUUGAGUCGUCCCUAAAACUCCCAGACAAGGUGCUGACGUUUGUAAGGGACCACCCUCUAAUGGAGAACAGUGUCACUGCAGCACCCCUUCUGGUCCGCAAGGGAAUCAGAUACACCAAGCUGGCUGUUACCCAGACAGGCAGCGGAGUGGAGCCAAGAGGAGUAGUGCUGCACCUUGGGACAGACCGUGGGGAGCUCCACCAGGUGGAGGUAGUGGGCCAGAAUGCCACCAUACUGCAGGAGAUUCCUCUGUUUACCUCACAAGAGCCCAUUAACAAUAUAUUACUACACAAGGGCCAGGCUCUGGUGGGCAGCCCUCAGUCUCUGGCUCGAGUCCAGGCUGAAGGCUGUGCUCUGUAUCCCAAAUGCGAGGUGUGUGCCAGAGCCACAGGACUGGGCUGUGUGUGGAGCACAAAGGAAACGGCCUGCAGGAACACAACAGCAAAGCCCGGUCCAGAUGACAUGGUAGACGAUGCCUUGAAGAAAUGUGAUAUAAAGGAGGGGCGGUGCUCCCCAUCUAUCAGGGAGCUGCAAGUUUCCAUCGGUCUGCGCCUCCUGUUGCCAUGCGUCCAGCUGUCUCCCAGGCCCUGUAGCUGGGAGCACCCGCCCCACAGACACACCAGGCAGCACCACUCUGACCUGGAGGUGACUGUCACCAACGAAAGCCUGGGAAAAUACAUCUGCACAUGCCAGGAGGUGGGACCAGGUAUUAGAGACCCCCCCCCCUGCCGCAGAGCAGCCUUUGAGCUGUCACUACAACGCCCGAGUGCCGUAGGAACACUGGCAACAGCCGGAAGUCGUCAGGUCCUGGCUCUCUACAUCCUUUUCUUCUGUGGGGGUUUGGUGUUCGGUGUAUUUCUCUUGUACUUCAUGCACCGCCGGCGCAGCAUUGGCCACCAGGGCCACCACCUGCCAGACAAUUCACUGUCGUCAGAGAAGGGGCGAGACUUGCUGGGCUCCUCAGCCACUCCGCAGUCCCCUAGCAGCGCCAGCUUGCUGUCCGAGGGGUUCCGGCUGACAGAAAAACGAAACGGAACAGCGACCACAACCACAACAACUACCCUCCUCAGCAACCAGGGCAAUGGUCACCAUGGUAACAGUUACAGCGGCACCCUGAUCCACAGCAACCCAAGCAAUGGCCACGGGAAUACCUUGUAUGCCCACUGCAACACAAGUGGCAGUGGGCUGCAGUUUGCCACAGAAAUUUUAGCUGCGGACAUGCUGGAUGGAAGGACAGCGGAGAGGGAGAGGCCCAAGGGGGGAGAGAGGGAGUCAGGGGAGGGAGAUGAGAUGGAUGAAGGCCUGGGGGACGGGUUAGGGGAAGGAAUAAAAGGACUAGAUGAGGAGCUCGCCAGCUUUCCCAUGUUUAAAUCACCAGCACCGCUGGCUAAGUGUGAAGAAAGUUCAAUAUGACAAGGUGAUAUAACUCUACAAUUGAUUGCACCAUUAUGCAUCCUCCAAAUAAACUGAAUACUGCUGGGAGAAAUGCGAAAUGGCUAAUGCCAAAUGCCUUUGAAUGGGAGCUGUGGCAUGAAGAGAGACUACAGAGAUGUAAGAGAAAUAUAUGAUAAGUUCAUGACUAAGCAUUUGAGAGAGACAUGUUACAUAUGGAGAGAACUGCGAGACAGAAAACUGCUACAGUGUUGGGAUAGACUACUUAUUGUAAGUCACUCAGGAUGAGAGCCACGGCUAAAUAAAUGUAUCAGAUGUAAAUAAAAAUGUAAAUAUAAGCGGUCUGAAGUCGACUGUAGACAUGAAAGUGAGCAUGAUAUUACGCAAUUCAAAUGCUACAAAGAAUCAAAGAUGAAAUGUCCACAUGUGUGGACAAAAGCCAUAUUGUCUUUCCCCUUAACUGCUGUUGUUGUUUGCUCUCUCAUUCUCUUCUUGUAAUGGCACUGCUAAAGCAAAGUGCACUUUGAAUCUUUCAGCACCUCUCUCUGUCUCUCUGUAUUUCAAUUUCUUUCUCUGACACACCACUGAAAUCCCAGACCUUCAUGGGUCCAAAAGGCACCAAAGGACUGCUGAACCAUAGACUGCCCAGUCCUGGGCUUCAAACAGAGAGAUGUCACUGUCAGAGACUAAAGAUACACACCAUCAAUGCAGAGCCAUCACAUGUCCUACAGUGACCAUGACGGCGCUGUUCCUGCCUGCACUGCCACAGAGGUCAAGAGGAUGAUAGGUUCAAGGUCACCUAUCAGAUUAGUGCCAGUGUAGAAAACUGACAGGGUAUAACACGAAACUGACAGCUGCCCAGAUGUGUCACUGUUCACAUUCACAGUUACUGAGACAGAAGGCAAAAGAUCUUUCAAAGGAUGUGAACUUCAUUUGCAGAAUGGACCUUACCCGACACAAAGCCACCAUCACCUUGUUUUGUGAGUGUGGAUUUCAACCUUUACAAUGUAUUGUUUUUGUCAUGUUGUUUUGUAAUAAAGCCUAAAAAGGUUGCUGUUAACCUGGUAUCACUGUUCCCAUACUGUCUGGUGAAAAUCUAUAUGUGAGAAAGGUCAAAGAUUUGAAACAAAACGGUGGCCUGUGCUCCUU